UGUCGAUGCAAUACCUAUACGUUCGUUGACCGGCAGCACUUGAAGGUGAAAGUCGCAAAGUACCCCGUUGCACCAGACACCAACGAUUCUUUCUUCAAAAGUCAUGAAGGUCGACGAUUUUCGGUAAUACGUCAAUGAAUUCUCCAACUGGUUCUUUUGAGUAGAGGUUUCUCGCUUGUUGGUACUACUGGCUUUCUGGGUUUUCAGCUUGGGUAUUCUGCUGGUGGUGUGCAUAACGAUUUUAUUGUGUUAGGUGGAUGCGUGGUUACAAAUAGUGAUUAGAUGAGGAUGAAUGUACUGGGGUUUGAUCUUUGUUUCAUCCUGCAAGCUCUCAUAGCGGUCGUAGUUGUUGGCUUUUUGACCUUAGUAUCACUUAUUAAGUUCUAUAACAAAGUCACUUGCAGACAUUUAGGGAAAAACGUCAAAAUGGAUGGAAAAACUGUGAUUGUUACGGGACCUACUAGUGGUAUCGGUAAAGAAACAGUCAAGGAAUUAUCGAAAAGGGGCGCCAGAGUAAUUUUGGCAUGUAGAAAUGUGGAAAAUGGGAGAAAAGUUCGAGAUGAAAUCGCCGAGUCUACCAAAAACCAGAAUCUCCUUGUCAAAAAGCUUGAUUUGUCAUCUCAAAAAUCAAUCAGAGAGUUUGCAGAAGACAUUUUAAAAACCGAACAACGCCUGGAUGUCUUAGUCCAUAACGCUGGAACAGCUGAAAAUAAAAUCGUUCAAACUGAAGAUGGUUUGGAACUUACCAUGGCUACGAACCAUUUUGGACCGUUUUUACUCACCCAUUUACUUAUUGAUUUACUUAAAAGAUCCGCUCCAUCACGUGUGGUCGUGGUAGCAUCAUCACUCUAUCGACUAGCCUCACUAGAUCUGAACAACCUAAAUCCAAGUAGCUCGUGGUUUCCACCAUGGAUUUACUACCCAUCAAAAUAUGCCAAUAUUUCAUUCACGCUGGAACUAGCCAAAAGAUUAGAAGGUACCGGAGUCACCGCCAAUUGCUUACAUCCUGGAUUAGUUGAUAGCGGUAUUUGGAGAAACGUACCAGUACCACUAAAUUGGCCAUUGAAACUUAUUACAAAAUGUUUCUUUAAAACUCCAGAACAAGGUUGUCAGACGACAGUUUUCUUAACAUGCUCUGAAGAAGUCAGGAACGUUAGUGGAAAGUACUUUGAAGAUUCAAGAGAGCACUCGCUAACCCGUGGAGCAUCUGAUAUGUCGAAAGCAAAGAAACUGUGGGAGGUUACUGAGGACAUUGUGAAACUAAAGCCAGCUGAUCCAAAGAUUUAAGUUACGUGGGGUUUCAAUAUUAGCUUCCAUUACUUUAUUCAUCUAUUGUAGGUUUUAAAAUAAGAUUUAUGCUUAUCAAAACUUGUUAGUUAUUUUUUAUAUUUAAUAGAAAAAUAGGUACUUGAUAUUAUUUUGUUGCUUUCAAUCUCUCAGGCUCUAAAUGGUCACACAAAUUGGAUUUUUCAGGAUAAUUUCAAUGAAAUUUUAGAAUUUUUUUUCAGAUUGAAUUAAAAGCUCAACAAAACCAGCAAAAUGCACUUUCUGAAAAGGGCGUUUCUUAAUUAACCCAAUUGUGAUGUACUUAGGUACUGCAAACCUGUGGAGUGAACAUUGGAGAAACUGUGUGUGGUAUUAUUUUCGCGUAUGGAAUCGGUCGUCGUAAUGAUGCAAGUUAAAUGUCACACAAAAUAGGUUUUCGAAUAAUUCUGUGGUUUUAAAGGUUCUUGAAAACUUCAGAUAUGCUGGUCACAUUCUGUUUUGUGUACACAUCAGUUAACACAACCAAAAUUCUCCUUGCAAGCAUCCACAAUCCUCAAAAGGGAUUAGAGUAAAAAAAAUAAAACAAAAUUUUAUGUUUCAAUAAUAUGUAUUAUUUUUUUAUGUUUUAUUUUUUUAAUGAAUUAUCAUAACAUAGUGAGAACGAGACAUAUCUUAAUUCUUUUCGACAAAGAGAGAGAAAAUAAAUCUUAUACUACUACAUUUAUACUAAUAAAUCUCUACAACUUUCUAUUUUACCUUUAAAAUUAAUCCAUUUUAAAUGGUUGCAUAACUCCUAGAAAUAUUUUCACCUUGACAUGAAUCUCAAUAUUUAGAGUUGCCCAGUGGUUGAAUAGAACACUGUAUUAUUUGUGACUAGCAGAGAUUCUUUUUUAAUAAAUAAUGCAAAUUUGGAAAUAUGUAGUCAUGAGCAAUGAAAGUGGGACACCUGAUUUUUCCUAUUGUAAAACGAUCUCACCAGCUAUACCUACGGCAAUGACAGGGAUUGUCAUACUUGCCAAAAAAUUCAUUGUAGAGAAAAGACUGAUUUACCCAAAAUAGCAAAAAAAUCGCAAUACCUGUCAGUCCGGUGUCCCACUUCUAAUGCUCACGACUGUAUAAAUAAUUAUAUAAAAUAAAAAACAAAAAAGUACAUAGAUACAAACAUACCUACAAAGAUAUGAGUCAAAGGUGUCGGUAAAUUCACCUAUAGACUGGGACAUGAUAACAUACAAAAUUAUAAGUGUUCCGGAACAUUAUGUAUUUGGGAUAAAUUUACUUUCUUCAUCAUUGAUACAAAUAUCGGAUGCUCCACUGUCUCCUGAUUGGCCAUAUUCUGGUGGUGAUUAUAAGCAAGUGCCUAUGCUCACCACUAAAAUCUGCGUUACCAGAAGCUUUUUAUAAUCUCAAGUCACUGAGGUAAACAAGUUUCAAUAUUUUACUAAUUCGCUAGUUAAAUUAAAGAUGUUUUACUAAAACGCUGCUCUUUGGACAUUUAAAGAAAAAAAAACGUGUAAUCAUACAACACGCUACUGAAGUGGAACUUCUUCAAACACACAAACAUACCAGAAAAGGGGUUAAGGAAUUGGUUUAAUGGUAGGUUGAAUUACGCGCUCAUGGCUCAAGCGAUCCCCACUACUCACUCGACUUCGUGGCAGUAGAGGGGAUUCCUAGCGUUGUAUGUUUUCGUCACAUAACAACUACCAUGAAACGAACUUAGUCUACCAUAUGAAAAGAAGUUUCACUUCAAAAAAAAUACAUUCUCUUAUUGGUUUAAUUAUGUGCAGAAUUAUCUUUAGGCAUCUGGAGAUACUAUACUUAUUGUAAAAUUUGAACAAAUUUAAAAGCAAGCCUUAUAAUAAAUACAUUAAAAGUAAGAAAACACAUGUUUAUUUUUAAUUAAUGUGUGUUAAGGGUGUGUAUUUCAAGGCCUGAUGAUGCUCUAUUGAGCGAAACACGUGUAUAAUCAAAUAAAUUAUGAGACUGUGACUUUGUUUUUGUUAUCUUCAAAAAACAUUAAAAGUAGCUGCAAAAAUUCCAUAAUAUUAUUAAUGAAUUAUUGUUGAUGAAUCUUUCAUAAAUAUGUUUAAAAACACAAAGUUUAUAAAAAAUCGAAGAGUCCCGAGUGUCAAGUGUUAAGUUAAAUCGGUAUUCAAUAUCAAGCUUUUCGAUUUUGUAUAAUUUUGGAAGUUUAAUUAAAUAUUGUCACAAACUUCUUGUGACAGGGGACGUAGGGUGGAUGGAUGGAGAAACUCGCUCGGGUUUAUAUAAAAAUAUGUAUAUUCAUCAUCACCACCAUAUUGUUCAUCAUCAAUCAAGCAUUAUUAAUAAAACCAUUUUUGAGACAACAAAUCAUCAAUCUAUAAAAAUUGUAUCUUCGGAUAAAGCAGAUUCCAGACAACUAAGAAGACCAACUAUAUUACAAAACUCCAUAAGUUCAAUUAGUGCAACACCAAGAAUAUGGUUAACUGUCAAAGAGAUUGUGAAUAGAUAUUGUAACCAAACCCAACCCUUGCUAUUUGAAAUGCUUUAUCCAAAGUCGUUGCUGCAAGGUUCCAAAAAAAUUGGUGAAGGUGUUUACAAUGAAGUGUUCCUAUGUUCCAAAGAAGACGGAAAAAUGACAGUGAUGAAAAUCAUACCCAAUGAAGGCGACAAGAUCAUCAAUGACGAAAAGCAGAAAAUGUUCACUCGUGUUGAAACUGAGAACAAACCGACUCCCUACACGUUAUUUAUAGAUAACAUUGUUUCGAGAUUUUCCUAGAAAGAACUUGUUUUACUCAAAUACAUACAAUAGAAUUCCCCGAAUAAUCGCGCUAGACGUAAAGAACUGGAUUUGUAGAAUCUGGCCAUGCUCUUGAGUCUUGAAACAAUUCCAUAACAGAUUUAGUUUUGUCAGUUAAUUAAUUUUCCAAAAUUAUCCAAAAUCUGAAAAAUAAAACUAAGUCUGGCUAAUGAAAAUAUCUUGAUAUGAAAUACCGCUAUUGUUAUUGUUUGUAAAAUUAUUUUUAGGGUACACGGAAUUCAUGACAAUACAUGAAGGUAUGUGAUAGAGAUUAACUAACCAACAUUUCAAUGAAAUAGUGUUAAAUUUAAUUUUGAUCCGCUUGUUGCCUAUAGCAUCUGAAGCAUGUCCCAUGUGACUAGGAACUUCUGAGCAUGUCUAGAAACAUUCCAUUAGUAUUUCAAUUUUGUUUCUUCUUCAAACCUCAUUUUACUGUGUACUUACUAUACUUACACAUAACAAAAAAAGCUUUGCACCAUCUUGUAAUGUAACUACAGAAUACUCAUCGACAAAUAAAAAUAUUGUUAUCUUCGACCAUGGAAUGAGUCCAGUACAUUUACUAAAAAAGGUUUAGAAAUCUGAAACUGUUCACGAUUUUUUUAUUGAUAAUUUUUUAAUUUAGACAUCGCUGAAUAUAUAAAAUGAGAUGGUGCAAAACUUUUUUUGUUGUGUAUAUUUAGAAUAACAUUAUAAUCUUGACUCUGUUUUACAUUUGAUUUUUAAAUGUAUUUAUAAAGGUUUAACUAUUGAUUUGCUCAUUGUGAAGCCUCUAAAUAACUAAAGGAAUGAUUUAUUUGUAUAAAUAAAACAUAAAAUUUAAUUUCUCUAAAUGUCCAAAAAACUAUAACUAGCAUUAUUCUAAACGACAUACACUUGAAUUUCAUUCAUACACCAUUCCAAAAACAAAAUUAUAAGUCUGUGUAUUAUGCUUCUGAUUCACCUGAGGCACUGUCUUCCUCCAGAAUAGGUACAAUUAAAUUGUCCUUGGACAUCAAAUUGUAUUUAGUAACAAAAUGAGUGAAUCUUUUGCAUAAACAAGUUUCAGUUUCAAAUUCGUCAAAAAUUUGUCGAUGAUGGAAAUAGGCAUGGGAGAAAAUUCGAUAUACUCGCCGACAAACUGAACCCAACUUAGCUACUGAAGAUUCCUUAAUGCUGA